AUGGACCAAGCUACAGCUGGGCAUAUUCAGAACCAGACCAAGCGACAACCGCAGAGCAAUCAGCAAGCUGUUCCAGCUACUGGGAACAGUCAACCAGAUGAGCUGCAAGGUCUGGCACCAUUACCCGAAGCCCAUGAGGUUGAAAAGAAAGAUCCCAAAGAGAGCUACUACGCCCAAGACAAUAGGAGACCACACGGCAAUGGCCGUGGUGGAUACAGGAGGCGUGGGCGUGACAACCCGAACGGCCGAGACAACUACUCGACCGGCCGAAAAGGAAACCACAAUAAUCGUGGUCGUGGUUCCAAUUACGGCCACGGACGAGGUGGCAUAUCUAAGCCAUCUUACACGUCCAAGUCAGUAUGCCACAGAUGCGGGAUGGACAACCAUUGGGACAAGAAUUAUAGAACUCCGAAACACUUGUGCGACCUCUACCAAGAGAGCCUCAAGAACAAGAACCCGGAGGCAAACAUGAUCCAAGAAACCAGUAAUGAUGACAAAGGAUAUGGAUAUGAUGCUGAUAAAGAAUUCGACCAAGAUGAUCUAAUGGACUUUGAAACUUCUGAUUGUCUCAAGGACUAG